ACAUUUAUUCUUUAACAUCUGUUUAUACAUUUCAAUCAAUUUUUUCAGCCUACAAGCUUUCACAAAUACAAAUUCGUUUCAAAAAAAAACGUGUCCAUUCCGACGCGCGCAAUCGGGUUUUGUGCACCAAUCAGAAAUAAUUUAUAAUUAUAUGAUAUGACUCAUUUCCAUAAAAAAAUUCUGGUAUUUUUUCUUUCCUCCUUCAAAUCUGGUUUGAUCGUUUUAAAAGUGGUUAUUAUACAUAAUGGUAAACGUUCCGAAAACCAGAAAUACCUAUUGUAAAGGUAGAAAUUGCAAAAGGCACAGACCACAUAAAGUCUCCCAGUACAAGAAGGGUAAAGAUUCUUUGUAUGCUCAAGGUAAAAGACGUUAUGAUCGUAAACAAUCCGGAUAUGGUGGUCAAACUAAACCCGUAUUUCACAAGAAAGCCAAAACUACAAAAAAGAUUGUACUUCGUUUAGAAUGUCAGAGUUGUAAGUUUAAACAUCAAAUUGCACUCAAACGAUGCAAGCAUUUCGAACUUGGUGGUGACAAAAAGACCAAGGGUGCUGCUCUUGUAUUUUAAGUUACUUAUAAAACAACAUUUCCUAUUUUAUUUCGAUAAUUAUUAAAAAAAAAAAAGAUAGUACACAUUUUUUUAAUGAUGUAAG